AAAUAAUCUACAACACUUCUCAUUUCUUCUCUCUCGAUCUCUAUAUUAUAUAAUAAUGAAAGGUUUCACUCUCUCUAAUUGUACUGCUACCUAUAAUACUUUCGUUAUUGUCAUGCUUAUCACAAUAUUAUUCUUGUUACUACUCAAAUAUUUGUUUACUAUCAAGAACAAGUUAACUACUACUACUAAUCUUCCUCCUGGCCCUACUCCAUGGCCAGUACUUGGAAGCUUUGUUAGCAUGAUGCUAAACAAACCGGCAUUUAAGUGGCUCCACCAUGUUAUGGAGGAGUUGAACACAGACAUUGCAUGUAUCCGUCUAGGAGCAAACACUCAUCUGAUCACUGUUACCUCUCCGGAGAUAGCUAGAGAGUUCUUGAAGAAACAUGACGCGGUGUUUGCUUCAAGACCUGAUACUGUGGUGACUUGUAUGAUUUCUCGUGGUUACAAAACCACUGUAAUGUCUCCCUCCAACGACCACUGGAAGAAGAUGAAGAGAGUUCUUCUGUGUCAUGUUUUGAAGCGUUCUACUCUUGAUUUGUUUCUCGAAAUGAGAAAUGAAGAAGCUGAUAAUCUCAUUCGCUUUGUUUAUAACCAGAUAAUAGCUAAUGGAACGAUGAAGAACAGUGAAAGAGGAGUGGUGAAUGUGAGAAUUGCGGCACUGCAUUUUGUGGCGGGAGUGUUAAAGAGAAUGUUGUUAGGUAAAAGGUGUUUUGGGAAGGGAAGAGAGGAUGGUGGUCCUGGAAAAGAAGAUGAAGAACAUGUGGAGGCUAUGUUUACUCUGCUUACCCAUAUUUUUGCCUACUCUAUUUCAGAUAUUUUUCCGUGGUUAAGGUGGUUUGACUUAGAUGGACGUCAGAAGAUUGUUGGUAAAGCUAUGAAAGUGAUUGACAAGUAUCAAGACUCAUUAGUGAAGAAGAGGAUGAAAGAGUACAAGCAAAAGCAGGAACAAAAACCUCCUACAGAUAUUCUUGAUAUUCUCAUGUCCCUAAAAGAUUCUGAUGAAAAACCUCUUUUGUCUGAAGAAGAAAUCCUAGCACAAGUCACGGAAAUAUUUUUAGCUGGAAUAGACAAUCCAUUCAACACAGUAGAAUGGGCACUCUCAGAGAUGUUGAACCACCCAGAGAUGCUUCAAAAGGCAACUGAGGAAAUUGACAAAGUUGUUGGCAAUGACAAUGGCACACUACUCCUCCAAGAAUCUCACAUACCCCAACUACCUUACCUUGUGGCUUGCGCAAGAGAAGCUAUUCGCCUCCACCCAAUUAUCCCUUUCAACGUACAUUCCUCCACUGAGGAAUGCACUGUAGCUGGCUACUUCAUUCCCAAAGGAAGCCACAUCCUCCUUAGUCGCCUCAGUCUCGGUACAAACCCUACUGCUUGGCCUGAUGAGCCCUCGCGCUUCAAUCCUGACCGCCAUCUUCCUGAGAAUCGAAGUGACUUGGGAGAGACUAAUUUGCGUUUCAUCUCCUUCACCACAGGGAGGAGAGGGUGCAUUGGAGGGGUGUUGGGUACCAACAUGACAAUUAUGCUUUUGGGAAGAUUGUUACAAUGUUUCACAUGGAAGAUUCCAGAAGUAAUGGAGAAGAUAGAUUUGAGGAGUAAAGACGAUGGAAUUCUCUUUAAGGCUACCCCUUUGUUUGCUCAUGCAAAACCUCGUUUCAAUCCUUCUAUCUAUGUAUGAGUCAUAUUUAUCAUCAUGAUAUAUGUAUAUAUAAUAAACAAUGUUCAUGGCUUGCAUAUGCUAGGACAUGCUAGAUCAUAGAGUAGUAGUACUCAACUUACUGGUCUUGUCUCCUUAAUUUGGUUAUUGUUGUUUGCAGGUAUUUUAUGAAUAUAUUACUAAACAAAAGGGUUUUGAUGACCAUUAUAAA